UUAGCUGUGAAGCCGCCAAAUUAUGUUGAAAAGCCUAAAGUUCCCGACAAGUAUCCACCAAAGUAUGAAUACAAGUACUUUAUAGCAAAUCGUCAUACACAAGCAGCACAAGGUCACAAGGAAAGUCGUAAUGGUGACAACACACAAGGAAAUUAUUUUGUAAACCAUCCUAAAGGUGAAAGUAAAGCGUCGGUCAAAUACAUUGCUGAUGAAUGGGGAUAUCAUCCGGUGGCCAGAUAUUCAUUAAAUGGACCCCAUCAUCGAGUGUCAAGUCACUUUGCUUUGGGGCAACAUGCAGUCGAGCAGCUUAAUCAAAAUCCUGAUCAAAAUAAUCUCAAUACCAAUGAGAUUUUAUUCAAUCAAUAUUCAUUGCAACAACCUCAAGAUAGUCUUUCUACAUCACAAUUUGCUUUUGAUCCGAAAUCUUCUCUUCAAGCAUCUGUGAUCGAUGAUAAAAUUCCAACAAGCGGAAUUUAUGCUCCAAAUCAGCCACAUUACGAUCAACAACAUAUUAUUGUGCAACCACUGGUUUCGCCUUAUAAUCAACAGUUACCACUUUAUCGGAAUCAAGAAAAACAUUCAGUUCCGGUGACUUUUCAACAUGUCCAACAAUUGCCAUUUAUUUAUCAAUAUGCACAACAACCAAAUCAACCGCAUUUCAAUUACUUUUAUCAGCACAAACCACAAGAAGUAAUUUAUCAUCAACAGCCAAUUGCAUCAAUGGCUACGCCACCACAACAACAUUUAAUUAUUGAAAACCUCGAAGUAUCACCACCUGAUAUUGACAGUGAGAAAAACAAUGAAAGCAUUAACAACGCAGCACCCAAAGUGGAACUACAACAAGAAGAUAAAAAUGUUGACUUGAGAAAACUUCAACCAGAAUCUCCAUUAAACAGUGAAACAGGAAACAAUCAAAUGAAUGCAGAAGAAAAAGAAAUAGACAAAACAAAUUCAAACGUAAAUCAUUUCGAGUCGCCGAUUAUUGUGAAUGAAAAUAAUUUACCAAAUAAGAAUAAUGAGAUUAAAACAGUUAUUGUGCAACAAAAACCAACUCAAACAUCAACGUUACUUAACAAUUAUCAACCUCAUAAACAAUUUAAUCUUCAAAUUCUUUCUGAAGCAAAUACUGAAAGUAGAGAUCAAGGAACAUAUUCAAGUGGCAUUGUUAACAGAGAACCAAAGAUUAUAAAUGGACAUACGAAUAAUAAUAAUUACCAAUAUCUUGUUGAAGAUCAAGAUUUUAGAGAUUCAACACCAUCAGGAAUGACAGAAGCACCAAGUCGUCAAUUUUUAAGAAACUUUAAAAAUUUCAAAUCUUACGAAUCGUCAACAACAACUCAAACAUUUUCCACAUCAACCACACGUACUGUAACUGAGUCAAAUGAUAAUCCAUGCUGCAAAACAACUGAAACUUCAAAAGAAAAUGGAAAAAUUCUUGAAAUUACUCAACGUCCAAAUUCAGGAAAUUUCUUAAUUCCGAUUCAUGCUGGUGUGAGGCUAACGUUAGGUGAGAAAUCAAGCCAAUGUAAUGAGACUUAUACUGUGAAGCCACCAGUAGUUAAUGUACAUAAAACUGUCAGUAUUGUUCAAGAAGAACAAACAACACGAGUUCCUGUAUAUGGUGAUAGAAUUAUCGUUACCACGCCUUCACAACCAUUUGUUACCAAACCAAUUUACAUAGAAAAGCAACAACCUAUCAUCGUUGAAAAAUCAUUAAUCGCUCCACCAAAGGUUAUUGACCGUCCAAUUUAUAUAAAAUCACCACCUGAGACAAAAAUCGUCGAGAAAAUUGUUCACCAUCCUGUCGAGGUGGAAAAAGUUGUCGAGAAAAUUGUUGACCGUCCCAUUUACAUCAAAACAGAACCAAGAGUUAAGAUCGUGAAAGAACAAGUAUUUGUUGAGAAGCCUGUGAUUAAAGAAGUUAAAGUUCCAGUAGAAAAAACAGUUUUCAUAAAGUCACCACCCGAAACGAAAAUCAUUCAUCAACCAACGAUUCAAACUGUGGAAAAGCCAAUUUAUGUUGAGAAAAUUGUAAAGCAACCCUAUGAAGUCGAGAGAAUUGUCGAGAAAAUCGUUGAUCGACCAGUAGUGCAAACAGUUGAGAAGCCUGUAUAUAUUGAGAAAAUCGUUGAUCGGCCUAUAGAAAAGAUUGUAGUAAAACCGGUAAUUCAAACAUUAGAAAAGUUUGUUGACCGUCCAUUCAUUCAAACUGUUGAGAAAAUCAUCGAAAAGCCGGUAAUACAAACAGUUGAAACGCCGGUUUAUAUCGAGAAGUUUGUUGAUCGUCCAUUUGAAAAGUUUAUUGAUCGACCCUAUCCAGUACCUUACGCAGUGCCGGUUCCAAUUGAGAAACAUAUCAUACAACAUAAGCCUGACUUCCAUAUCAUUACAAAGAAAAUACCAACUAAACAUAAUCUGUUUGAUUUCGACAGUCUCUUUGGUUUCUUGAGUAAGAAGAAAGAGAUUCAGCAUAUUUAUGUACCAGGCAGUCAUCAACAUCAGUUAAAACAACUGAAUCAUCAUCGCUUAAUAGCUUCAACAUUUACUUCAAUUGAUCCAAUUCAACAAUCGCCAGUCAUUGAUUACUCUCGCUAUGCUACUUCUCAUUUAAAUCCUAUUAAACCUGUUUAUGGAGUUCCCACAAUAUCAACAGAAACCACAAAUCAAGGCUACAGCUACCCUAAUCCUCUACUUAAUUCGUAUGCUGGUAAAGCCGCUGGUACAUUUACUUAUAACAAUUUAAAUCCUACUGGAAUUGCUUCGUUGCCAGCCCAUUGGCUUAAUGAUAAUCUUCAAUCACAAUCUCAACAUGUACAGCAUAAAACUCCUUUAAUUCACCACGAUCAUUAUGUCGGUCCCGCACCUCUGUCUGAAGAUUAUUGGGCUAUGAAUGGAGUGACAGCAAAUGAAGGUUUGAAAUUUCGUCGUAAUGUUGAAAAUGGAAGAAGUUUAAGAAUCGAAUACGGUGGUUUUCUUCCGAAAAUGUCUCCUUCACUUGAGAUCGAUGAGAAUGGAAUGCCCUUGAAGAAAAAGGAAGAAAAUACUUGAUACCACUCAAUUUUAAUACGCAGACUGUUGAAAAACUAUUUAUUGUAGACAUUUGUUUUCUUUAAUUUCAUUAACCUUCACCUCCAUUUGAUUUUAAAAGAUUUUGUGCCAUUUUUUCUCAUUAUAUUCACAUCAUUAUAAGUUCACUUUUUAUGUUAUAAAUAUGUACGAAAACUUGCUAUUGCUCUUUUUUAAUUAAAUAUAAAUUUAUUUCCUUGAAUUUCCUUUAAGAUUUUCUUUCAACAGAAAGUUUUUAACAAAGUUUUAAAUCACAACCUCUUCCUUAAUAUCGACUAAAUAUUCCACAAUAAGUC